CACACUGUCGUACCUCAAGAUGGAGGGCGCUGAGAAGUUCUACCAUCCGUACGAGCCCUACGACAUUCAAUUGCAAUUUAUGCGAGCAUUGUAUGACUGCAUUGAGCAAGGUAAAAUCGGCAUCUUUGAGUCUCCAACUGGUGAGCGUCUCAAGGGCAAAUCUCUAAGUUUGGCAUGUGGUUCACUGACGUGGCUGCGCAACCAUAAGAGGAAGGAGUUCGAUGAGAGCAUAACUGCUAUCGAAGGAGGUACUUUCCUCAUCCUUCUGCCUCGGACUUUUCCAAGACUAAGAUAUGAACAGNAUGAUGAUGAGCCCGAGUGGAUGGUUCAACACUCUCGAGAAGAGAAGAAAAAUCAAGUGAUCCAAAAACGAGCAGAACUAGAAGCAAAACUCGAGAAGAUUCGUCAGCAUGAACGCAAAAUCAGAGAUCGACAAGAGAAUGGACCUCCGUUGAACAAGAAGCGGAAGCUUGAUGAUGACNAACAAUGGCAAAACACUGAUAUCGUUGAUGACGAGCAGUUCGCCCUUGACGACUACGAGAGCGAUGAAGAAGGGUCCAAAGGUGCAAACAGUAAUAACGGCAACACAGAUCUAGGCCUAUCCAAAGAAACACAGGCACUGAUGCAGAAGUUGGGAUAUGGUCUCUCUGCAGCAUCUCAAUCAGAAGACCUCGAAGCUGAAGACGAGUUGAAAAUCUAUUUCUGCUCACGCACGCAUUCACAACUGAGUCAAUUCGUCAACGAGCUGCGAAGACUAAACUUGCCUGCUGCCAUACCUGGUGUGCAGGAGGAAAUCAAGAAGAAGCCUUCACUGUCUGAAGAACUUAAACAUCUGUCCCUUGGCUCGAGAAAGAAUCUUUGCAUCAAUGCUAAAGUGUCGAGCUUGAAGAGUAUGACGGCAGUCAAUGAACGGUGCUUGGAGCUUCAGGAUGCAAAGACGCCAAAGGAUAAGAAAUGUCAUUAUGUGCCGAACAAGGAGAAUGAAGGCUCAGUGUUGGACUUCCAGCACCAUGCUUUGGCGAAGAUACGCGAUAUCGAGGAUCUAGGUACUUUGGGCAAGAAGUUGGGUGUCUGUCCUUACUAUGCCACGAGGCCCGCUGUCAAGCCUAGUGAAACCGCAAGAGAAGCACUAGGGUUGUCUCUGAAGAACCACAUCAUCAUUAUCGACGAAGCCCACAACCUCAUGGAUGCAAUCUCAAGCAUUCACACGGUAGAAGUCAGCCUGCAACAGCUACACCUCGCUCGUUUUCAAUUGACAGCCUACCUUCAACGCUUCCGUAAUCGUCUCAAGGGCAAGAAUCGUGUUUACGUCACUCAAGUAGUACGGUUACUCGAUUCAAUAGCCAACUACUUGCAAUCGCUGGAUGCUAAGAAUGGCACAGAGGGCAUUGUGCAAGCCACCGAUCUGCUCAAGGGCAAGGGUGUAGAUCAAAUCAACCUCUACAAAUUGAUGCACUACCUGCAAGAAAGCAAAUUGGCGAGGAAAGUGGAAGGGUAUGUUUCUGUCGAGCAGCAGAAACAGCAGAAGCUCAAUAACGCUGGCACCACGAAGGAAGUUACAGUGCCAGUGCUCACCCACAUCACCAAUUUGUUUAUGGUGUUGACGAAUCCGGCUAGGGAAGGCCGUUUGUUCUAUACUGCCGGCGAGGAAAAGGCACAGACAAAAGUCAAGUACAUGCUUCUUGACCCUUCAGAACACUUUCGCGAAAUCGUCGAAGAGGCAAGAGCGGUGAUAUUGGCAGGAGGAACCAUGUCACCCAUGUCCGACUACACAGCCCAACUAUUCCCAUACCUCGACAAGACACGAAUAACAACACUUUCCUGCGGCCACGUAAUCCCAACCACAAACCUUUUCGUCAGUCCCGUAGUGACAUCUUUAAACAACACCGACUUCAACUUCAGCUUCUCAUCUCGCAACCUCGCUUCCACAAUCACCGCCCUCGGAGACUCGAUCCUCAAACUCUUACCCACCAUUCCUCACGGCUGCGUAGCAUUCUUCCCCAGUUACAGUUACCUCGAGCAAGUAGUAGCGCAAUGGCAANAAACAAAUCUCUGGACACGAAUGCAAAAAGCCAAAUCAAUCUUCAAAGAAACACAGCAGACAGGGACGGAAGAUACACUAAACGCCUACACCACUGCUGUAAAAACACUUUCCACAGGAGCGUUCUUGCUAGCAGUCAUUGGCGGGCGCCUGAGUGAAGGUAUAAACUUCUCGGAUGAAUUGGGAAGAUGUGUGAUGGUCAUCGGGUUACCAUACGCAAACCCAAACACCGCAGAGCAAAAGGCAAAGAUCAAGUAUAUCGAAGAAAAAGCUGUUGCUUCUGGAAGUGCUUCUUCUGUGGGAGCAGCAGCGAGGGAUUUUGCAGAUAAUACUUGUAUGCGGGCUGUCAAUCAAGCGAUUGGAAGAGCAGUCCGGCACAAGAAUGAUUGGAGUGCCAUUUUGCUCUUCGACAACAGGUAUACGCAGAAAAGGAUCCAAGACAGACUGCCGGGGUGGAUCAAGGCUAGUUUGGGACAGACGGCGAGGACGGGCUUCCACGAUGUAGAGGCGGGAUUGAAGAGAUUCUAUGCUGGAAAAGCAAGAGAAGCUACAGUG